AUGGUGAAAGAGUUUCCGGGGAUUCACUUCGAGCCGGGGGGCAAGUACCGCGGGGCGCCGACGCUGAAGAAGAUCGCAAGGAGAGACGGGACGAUGAAGUACGGGGGUCAUCUUACGGGAAACACGAACAACGGAGAGGACGGAAACAAGAACGAGUCCGCAGCAGGAGUUACGUCGUCCACCUCCCAACACGAACUACAUCCCUUCGCCCGCCUUCGCGACAUUUGCGUGGAGAUCGUCGGGCUGGAAGCCGCGCAGGCUGAGGACGCCAGCACCGCAAACGGCGCUUGGGUCAAGACCCGACAGCUGCUUCGGGACGUCCGGCAAAACGAAAAACCGCUGUGGGAGGAGCUGUGCGCCUUCCACAACUUUGCCAGUGCCGGCGACAAGGACAUCCGGAAUCUGAAGAGCGAGGACUUGGCAGUGUUCAAGCGCUACUUUGAACUACCC